AGCACAGGGAGAGUCGGGAGUCCAGCCGGAGGGUUCUCACCAGGUGAUGCUGUCCAAACCCGACUGAGUGCGGAUCCGCGAAACACGAAUGGAUCCCUAUUUAAGACGGAGAAGGCUUUUUCACUUAUUAUCUUCGUGUUUUAUCCUCAUUUAUCAAGCGCACCUUUCCUGGGGUGUGGAAAGAGUGAACAUUUCUAACUGGGAUGAAUUUAAUGACAGCGGGAGCAGCGGGAUAAAGCAUCAGAAAUGGGACACCGCUUCCCAGGGAGGGCAGCACCUCCAGAUGACAAUCGCUACAUUAGAAACCAACAUAUCUGCCUCCAGUAAAUCACUGGUCAACAUGGCUGCUGUGUCAAACCUUACAUCAUCUGCAGAAAGGACACCAAACAUCUCAUGGACCAUGAGCUCUGGCCAAUCGUCUGGAGUCACGGCACCACCUAGUAAAACACCAUCAAGAACAAUGUCCUCCAGUCAAUCACCAGGGAACACAGCACCAAUCAGUCAAUCAUCAGCUGAGACAGCACCAUCCAAACACUCACAAACCAGCCUUCUAACAGUCAGCAAAUUCCCAACCACAUCAACAUCACCUUCUCAAUCACUCGGAAGCAGAACAGAAAACAGCUCAGUAUCAUCCAGUCAAUCACCAGCUGAGAAAACACUAUCUAACCAAUCAAGAACAAGUCCUGUACCCACCAGUCAGUCAUCAAACUCAGUAUCAGCUGUCCUUUCACAGGGUAGCACAGCACAAACAAACAAUUCUGCAGUCAAUACAGGUUCAUCCAAUCAGUCACCAACAAUGCCAGUGCCAUCUAAAAAUUCAGAAACCAGCUCAGCACCAGGCAGCCAAUCAUCAAACAGCUCAGCAUCGACUAGUCUACUACAAGGCACAACAGAACAAAAAAGACACUCACCAGGCAGCAUGGCACAAAACGGCCAAUUGCCUGGUAGCACAGCACCAUUCAGUUAUCAUUUGGGUUCUAAAUCACCAACUGGAAAAACACUAUCUGACCAAUCACAAAAUCACAAAAGUCUAGUACCAGCCAGUCAAUCAUCAAACCCAUCACCAUCAGUUAUGCCGUCACAGGGCAGCCUGGCACAAACACGUCAAUCACCAAUCAGCAAAGCAUCAACUAGCCUAUUACAAAGCAGCACAGAACAAAACAGCCUCUCAUCAGGCAGCACAGCUCCAUCCAGUCAGUCACUAACCAAGAAAACACCAUCUUAUCAGUCACAUGCCAGCCCAAUACUAGCCACUCAAACACCAAGCGUGCCAGCAUCAACUAGCCCAUCACGAGGUAGAACAGAACAAACCAAACAAGUAUCAAGCAGCACAGCAACAGCCAGUCUAUCUCCAGCUGAGAAAGCACUAUUUAACCAAUCACAAAACAGCCUGGAACCAGCUAGUCGAUCAUCAUCCCGAUCAGCAUCAGCUGGCUCAUCUCAAGGCAGUAUAGCUCAAACCAGCCAACCACUAACAACCACACCAAUAUAUAAAAAAUCUCCAUCCUCUGCGAUAAAAUCCAACAAAUUGCCACGAAGCACAACAUUAUACAGCCAGUCAACAACUGUGACAAAAGAACUCAAGUCACAAAAUGAACCAUCAAUGACUACAGUGAUAGCACCUAGUCAGUCAUCAGGCAGAUCAACACCAACCAGCCAAUCAACAAGCAGGACAUCUUUAGCUAAAAAAUCAUCAAAAAAGACACUGGCUAACAAGUUAAUCUGGCUAACCAGCACAACAAGUUCUAGCCAAUCACCAAGCAGCACCACACCAGCCAAGAAUUCUUCUUUUAUUAAUGCACCCACUAGGAUCAUAUCUGAUCAAUUAAAAGGCACAGGUACAAAAUCUAGCAAGACAACACAAAGCCAACUAAAAGCUGUCUCAGAAUGGUCAAAUCAGUCGCUAGACACUCCAGAUGAUCAGACCAUGCUCACCUUAAAUACUUCACAAUACUUAUCAUACAGUUUACCGUCUAAUAAUCACUCAAGGUCAAAUUCAGCACCAUAUGAACAAUUUCUGACCAGCUCAGUAACAUCAAAUGAAUCUGGUUCAGUGUUACUUGGAAAAACCAACAAUGGAGCCAUUUCAACAGACCAGCAUCCAGUUAAUACUUCACUGCUGACGAGGCAGGUGAAGGAAGCCCUGGGGUCAUCGUUUCGUAGGAUUCCAGGGGAGCCCUGUGCAUUUCCUUGCCUGAACGGAGGACAAUGUGUUGAGUCGGAGUCAUGUGACUGCAGCUUGUAUCAGGCUACUGGACACAGAUGUCAGACAGUUCCAAAUUUUGGCUUUGAGAGGGAGAUGACAUGCAGGACAUGGGGUCAGUACAACUUUGAGACCUUUGACGGCCUCUACUACUACCUCCCAGGCCGGUGCGCCUAUACUUUACUGAGGGACUGUGAGGAAACCACCCAGGCCAGCAUCGUUGUCCAGGUCCACAACGACCUGGCCUGUACUUCAGACCCCUACACUUGCCAAAGAUCUGUCAGCCUCUUCCUGCCAUGGGAGGGAGAAGUCAGGCUACAUGCCACCAAUGUGACCUUCAAAGGCCAAAGUUUGCAGCUGCCUCAACACAUCCACGACCUGCAGCUGGAGCAGAUUUCACAGUACGUGCUAGUAACGCAGCAGCACGGCUUCACGCUGGCAUGGGAGGGACGAAGCGGCUCUGUCUACAUCAAGCUCAGUCCAGAGUUUGUGGGCAGAACUUGCGGCUUAUGUGGUAACUUUAAUGCCGACGUCCACGAUGACCUGAAGAUGAGCUAUGGCGUGCUGACUCGUGAAAUUGAAAUGUUUGGGAAUAGCUGGGUAGAGACACAUCCACAUGAGGAAAGAUGUCCUAUGGUGCCUUCUGGCUUCCCUUCACCUUGUGCUACAGUCGAAUCUCAUGUUUUACUGAAGGUGGAGGAGGUGUGUGCAAUGCUGCUGGAUCCACCAUUUCAAAGCUGCCAUGACUUUGUCAGUCCGCUGUCCUACAUGGCCAGCUGCUCCAACGACCUCUGCAUGUCGGAUCCCAAUGGUGAUGUGGUAUGCCAGGUGUUCACCGAGUACGCCCGGGCAUGUGCCCAUGCUGACCACCCACUGCAUGAGUGGAGGCAGCACAUUCCUCAGUGUGUGAAGCGGUGUUCUCUAGGACUGCAGCACAGGGAAUGUAUCAGCUGCUGUCCGGAGUCCUGCAACCUGGAGCGAACGUGUAUUGACAGUAAGCUCACCUGCCUGGAUGGAUGCUAUUGUCCCGAUGGUCUAAUAUAUGAGGAUGGAGGCUGUGUAAUGCCUUCUGACUGUCCCUGUGAGUACCACGGUAUGUUUUAUCCAUCUGGUCAGACGCUGCAGGAGGAAUGCAACACCUGUACAUGCGUGGGUGGAGUGUGGAACUGCACUGACUACAGCUGCCCAGGCGAGUGCUCGGUGACAGGCGACAUGUAUUUUCAGUCCUUUGAUGGACGGAUCUAUACUUUUCCUGCAACAUGCCAGUAUGUCCUCGCCAAGAGUCGCAAUUCAGCAAAGUUUACAGUAACCAUCCAGAACACCGCCUGUGGAGCUAAUCUGGAUGGGGCCUGCAUACAGUCAGUUAACCUGGUAAUUGAUGAAGAUCCAAGAACAGAAAUUACUCUGAGUCACAUUGGAGAGGUCUUCAUUGCUGGACAGUACCGCAUCUCCCUGCCCUAUUCUGAUGACCUCUUCCACAUCCAGGAGCUAUCAUCAAUGUUUGUCCAGGUGAGGACGGUGUUCGGCCUGCGUCUGCAGUACAGCUGGAAGGAGUUUCGCCUUUACCUGCAGGCGGAUGAGCUGUGGAAGGAUGACACAGUGGGGCUGUGCGGCACCUUCAAUGGCAACAUUCAAGACGACUUCCUAUCUCCAUCAGGUAUGAUAGAAAGCACUCCUCAGCUCUUUGGAAAUGCCUGGAAGGUUUCGUCUGCGUGUUUGUCCAGCCUGAGUAUGCCUCAGCUUGAUCCCUGUGAUACACACCAGCAGGCUGUGACCUAUGCUUCAGAAAUGUGUGAUGUGCUGAAUCAGGAUCUGUUUGCUGCCUGUCAUGAGUACCUCAGUCCAACACCCUUCCAUCAGCAGUGUCGCUCCGAUACCUGUAAGUGUGGGACGCCUUGCCUCUGCUCGUCGCUGGCCCACUAUGCUCGCCACUGCCGUCGAUUCUCCGUCAUCAUUGACUUUCGAUCACAGAUAUCUGACUGUGCUGUCACCUGUCCUGCCAACAUGCAGUACGGCAUCUGUGUGUCCUCCUGCCAGCGCCGUUGCUCCUCCCUCUCUGUCCCACAGCACUGUGGGGAGGAGUGUGAGGAAGGUUGCGUCUGUCCUCUGGGUUCCUUCUACAAUCACCGAACACACACCUGUGUGCACAGGAGCGAGUGCCCCUGCAGUUUCCUUGGAGCAGAUUAUGAACCAGGAGAUGUGAUCAUGACUUCAGCAGGCGUUCAGCUCUGUCUGAAUGGUAGACUGGUGUCCCAAACACAAACAGGCACUGACAGAUUGUGUCCAGAAGGUCAGAUCUACCAGAACUGUUCAGAAGGGGAGGAUGGCCUCCUGCCGGGAAGGGGUGUGUCCUGUGAGCGCACCUGUGAGUCUUACCUGCUCAACGUCACCUGCUCAUCACACGAGCCCUGUCUGGCUGGAUGUGUCUGCCCGCCUGGGCUGCUGAAACAUGGAGAUGAGUGCUUUGAGCCCGCUGCAUGCCCCUGUCUGUGGAAAGGAAAAGAGUAUUACCCUGGCGACAGAGUCUCUUCGCCCUGCUACCAGUGUGUUUGCCAGCAUGGGACGUUCCAGUGUGUAUUUCAGCCGUGUCCAUCGUUGUGCACGGCUUACGGUGAUCGCCACUACAGGACGUUUGAUGGGCUGUUAUUCGACUACGUUGGAGCAUGUAAAGUUUAUCUUGUAAAGACCAGUGCUGAUAUAAUGCUCAGUGUCACAGCUGAGAACAUCGACUGUUUUGACAGUGGAAUCAUCUGCAGGAAGUCCCUGCUGAUCAAUGUUGGAAGAUCCUUUGUUGCUUUUGAUGAUGACACUGGGAAGCCAAAUCCAUCCAGUGUGAUUGACAGGAAGCAGAAUAUGUUCAUCUGGCCAGCUGGGUACUUCACAGCGAUUAAUUUCCCAGAGGAAGACGUCACAGUCCUCUGGGACCGAAAGACUACAGUGCAUGUCCAGGUUGGACCUCGCUGGCAGGGGAAGCUGAGCGGACUGUGUGGGAACUUUGACUUGAAGACAGUGAAUGAGAUGCGAACGCCUGACAACAUCGACUCCCCAACACCACAGGAGUUUGGAAACAGCUGGACUGCAACAGAGAUAUCAGACAUCAGACAUCCCUGCACUUUCAGUCCACUCAGAGAACCUUUUGCAAAACGACAAUGUGCUGUUCUGCUCAGUGAGAUCUUCCAAGCCUGCCACCCAGUGGUGGAUGUCACCUGGUUUUACAUGAACUGUCUAGCAGACACAUGUGCCUGCAGCCGAGGAGGCGACUGCGAGUGUUUCUGCACCAGUGUGGCGGCGUACGCCCAGCGUUGCUGCCACCAGGGUGUACCUGUGGACUGGCGUUCUCCUUCUCUAUGCCCGUACGAUUGUGAAUUCUACAACAAAGUUCUGGGUAAAGGUCCCUUCAGGCUCUUUACCUUCAGGGAUCGGACGACACUGUUGGCAGCCAGCAAAUCCAGCGGCUUUGUGUUCCUGCAGCGUGGCAACAUCAGCGACACCCCUGACAUCAUCUCGCUGUUCAUGAUGACACCUGGCCUCAGCAGAGCGCGACCACAUGACACGUCACGAGUUUCCUUUGAAGCAGCUGAAAGGCCAAACUACUUCCUGUCUGCAAGCCCCAAUGGCCAGUUGACGUUGGCCAAGUGGCAGGAGAGCGAGGCAUUCUGGGAAAGAGCCACCUUCAUCCUCCGCAGGAACACCUGGAUCCCAGGCUAUGACUCACUCGAGUCCCAUGCAAAACCCGGCUUCUUCUUAUAUGCUGCUGUACCUCGCCUCUACCUAAUCAAAUACAGACACUUGGACAGCUUCCGCAAGGCCACGCUGUUCAAACUGUCAGGCCCAAACCCAGACGCCCCACCAGCUCCUCGCUGUCAGUGGAGGUACGACGCCUGCGUCAGCCCCUGUUUCAAGACAUGCAGCGACCCGUUCGCUGAAGCCUGCAUCACCAUCCCACAAGUGGAGGGUUGCCUUCCUGUGUGUCCCCCACUCAUGGUCCUGGAUGAGGUCACUCAUCGGUGUGUGUACAUUGAAGACUGUAUCAAGGUUCCAGUCGCUGUGCAGCCCGUUACACCGUCUGCUGCACAGCCAGCUGCCACUUCUACAACCACUGCAAGUACUACUGCCUCCACCAGUACCUUUAAUACCACCACCUCCACUACUGCUGCCUCUGCUGCUCCUCCACACACUGCUCCCACAACCAAAAUCACCUCCACUGUUCCAGAGGCGAGUCUGCACACCAGCUCCUCAGAAACACCACCUGCCAUUAUCUCUCCUUCUGCAAGUCCUGAACCUUCCAGUACAAUAGAACCCCGGCCUCCGGCAGUGCCCACUCCUGUGAGACCAGAGGUGGUGGAACCAUUGUCAACUGUCAAAGUGACAGUGGCUCCCCCCACUACUAUUAUGGGUACAACAAAAUGGUUGAGUGGACUGUUGAGCUCUGCUGUCAGUCCCUUUGGUCCCAGCACCUCUAGGACAAGUAGCACCUCUUUCACCACAACACCCCUGUUCUGGCUCACUUCUACCACCAAGUCCACCGAUUCCCUGCAGCCACUAUUCACCAUCACUCCUGUGACUACUGAGUCAGCAACCACCACUGCAGCUCCGACCACAACCUCUCUAGAGGGGACAACCACAAGUAGCACUCCUAUAGUUGUGCAGACCACAGAGGCCACAACACAUUCCACAGGGAUCGCUCCGAUCAUCACAGCUUCCAGCCCCAGUCCUGCUCUGGUCCCGGAAACUUCUGUAAUUACAGAAAAAACUAUAGUUCCCAGUACAACUAUCUCUGCACACACUGACACCAGAACAAAAUCUUCAACAGUGGAAGGAACUACAGUUACAACAUCCAUCACAUCUGGCUCACCAAGCACAGCCUUCACAACAGCUGUAGCUCUUCCAGCUUCUCCUUCUGUGGAAACAGUAACUACAGCUUUGCCAGAAAUCAUUUCAACGAAGAUGACGGAAUUAGUCACACCAGCUGCACCUUUUACUACUACUAGAACAACACCACACAUCAUAACACCAUCUGUAACCACAGAGAGGAUGUUGCACACCACAUCUACAUACCUGACAACGCCCACAACAACGGCUCCCAAAUUAACGACAACAACCCUCACUCAUUUUGCACCAAGCACACACAUACCAUCUCCCUCUACCUCAGCUACUACAGACUGGAGAACAAUCACAAAGAAAGUGUCUAUAACAGACUCCCCUGCAUCUGGCACAGCACAGGCUGAAACCAAAACUGCUCCCUUGUCCAAAUCUACAGUCUAUACUGAGAAAACUUCCUGGUCUGCAGCUGUCCCGGUUACAGAGAGAACGACCAUCACAAGUGCCACUGCAACCUCAAGACCUCCAGAAAUACCAAAAAUAUCCACUGUGUCCACAGUUCCUAUAAUCACGACAAACCUGAUAGAAACUACUCCUGUGUCAAAAUCCCCCAUAACUGAUAGCUCCACCGGUCCACCUACUACUAUUAGUACUUCAGAACCUUGGCGCCCCUCUCAUUGGCAGAGCUCCCCCACCCCAGUCUACAGAGCCACAGUGGAGACGACACCAGAGGUCAAAUCUGAAACUGUUGUCCAUGUGGUCGCGUCCACUGCAACUACCACAAUUCCUCACGUUCCACUAACAACUGAGCCAACUGUAACAUCUGCAACAUCAGCAUUGAUACCUACCACUGCCCAAACCAGGACACCUCCUGAAAUAUCAACUGCACAAUUCAUAGCCACCACAACCAAAAAACUGGCUACACCCCUGCCUAUGCAUUCUUCCCCUGAGACAAAGCUUAUCACAGCAACUGCAAGUGCACCACCUACUGUUGCUACCACAACACAAAGACCUGUCAUUGUUCAACUGAUUACAGAGACAAUGCAUCCACUAACAGACAGAGUCCAGGUGUCAACAACAUCUGCAACCACAUCCCAUCCAUCUUCAUCACCACUUGGCACUACUACUUCCACAGCACCUCCUAGGACAACAACUAUCCUGGACAAAGUCACCACCCGGCUGGUGUCCACUUCAAGGGUUACAUCCGCUCUGACAACUACCAUUAUCACACAGACAACCACCCUCAGGACAACACCCAGACUUCCUGUGACAACAAGAAUUACUCCCAGAACCACGUCGACUGAGCGUGCAACCAUCAGGCCAUUCACCGCUAGGGUAACAGUAGCAACAAGGCCAGCAGCAGUAACCACCAGAUCAACCACUGUCAGCCCACCAACUGUCACACCAAGCUCUGACACAACAACCACAUCAGAAGUGACAACUACAACCAUCACAACAACAGCAGAGCCAGUUACCACAGCAAAAACAACCAAACCUCCUGACACAACCACAGCAGAACCUCACUCGACCACCAUAACUACUCCACUGCCUCUUCCUACUUUAACUACACUCACAACAUCUACAGCUAUACCAACUACAGUCCACAGAGAGCCAACCACAUCUGAGGAAACUUCAACAACUACAGAGACUGAUGUGUCACCAUCUGCAUCCCAACCGGUGACACCAGUGCCUGAUGUGGUGAGCUCCACCCAAAAACUCAGUAUUCCCACAUCUGCUACAACCUCCCGUCCAUCAGCCAUUAAAGUCCAAACAACUGUGCUGGAUAAAGUUGAUCGGACGAGUCCAAGUGAAGCAACAUCUCCAGCACUGGCUUUUCCUCACACACCAGCGGAAACAACCAGUCACACAACAGAGGGAGCAACAUCUAUGACUUUAUUACCUACAAGGAUGUGCACGCCUCCAUAUGCAGAGAUCGUUGAUGAUUGUACCAAGUACAUCUGUGUCAACAACCAGCUCGUCCUGUUCAACAAAUCCCAGAGCUGCCCUUACACUGCCGACCCUCCAAACUGUGGCCUGCUUGGCUUUGCUAUCCUCGUAAAUGGAGACAAGUGCUGCCCUAAGUGGGACUGUCCAUGUCGAUGCACAAUGUUCCCUGAUCUGAACGUGAUCACAUUUGAUGGGAACAGCGUUGCCAUCUACAAGGCUGCCUCUUUUAUAGUGACCCAGCUGCCCAAUGAAACUGUCAGUGUUCUGGUUCAGGAGUGUCCCGCUGACUCACAGUCACCACUCUUCUGGAAUUUUACCAACUUGUGUCUGGUGGCACUCAACAUCACCCAUAAAUCCAACCACAUCAUUAUCAACAGGCUGCAGAGGAGGCUGUAUGUCAAUUCACGGUAUGCUAAACCUCGAUUCAAAAAGUACGGCUUUGAGAUUUACGACACAGGCAACAUGUACCUGAUCCACAGCCCGGCCGGUCUUAAGUUACAGUGGUAUCACAGUACAGGGAUGAUGGUCAUCGACACUGACAGCUCCAGCAACAAGCUGCCCACCAUGGGCCUCUGUGGCUUCUGUGAUGGAGAUCCAUCAAACGACCUGAUUUUGGCAAAUGGGACCACAGUGGGUGAAAGUGAGGAUCCAGCUGUGUUCAUCGACAGCUGGCAGAUUCCUAAUACCACAAGUUACAUCAGCCACAGCCGCCGCCGUGAGCUCAACUGCUCUACCAGUGACUGCUCCAGCUGCUUCUUCAUGCUGCAGAACCAGGCCUUUACCCCCUGCCAUGCCUUUGUCCCACCCACCACGUUUUGUGAGGUUUGGGUGCGAGACUCGGAGUAUGUGAACAACCAGUGUGUGGCUCUGGCUGCUUAUGUGGCUUCCUGUCACAAAUUCAAUAUCUGCAUUGAGUGGAGGAGUCCAAAUUACUGCCCCUUUGUGUGUCCCAAUACUCUGAGGUAUCAGGCCUGUCUACCAGCCUGCACGUCUCAGUCCUGCCCCAACCACGACUUUGAUUCUGAUCCAGAUCAGUGUUCUGGCCUGACUGAGGGCUGCGUGUGCCCUGAGGGAACACUCCUUCACCGGCCAUACUCUGCACUCUGCAUCCCACCUGACAAAUGCGCCUGCACUGACAGCGGUGGUGUUCCUCGUGCACAUGGUGAGGUUUGGAAAGCCUCGAAGGAUGCCUGCUGCAUGUACCGCUGCGACAAUGACACCAUCGUUCCCGUGGAAUACAACUGCUCCAGCAUGGUGGCGCCUGCGUGCCGUCGAGCAGGGGAGGUGAUCAUCAGUCUGGCUGAUGACACCAGCUGUUGCCCACAAAAAGUCUGUGUAUGUAACCAGAGUCUGUGUGACCAGCUCCCUCCUGAGUGCAAAUAUGGGGAGAAGCUGGUGUCAUACUACAGACAGGACUCCUGCUGUCCAGACUAUGUUUGUGAAUGUGAUCCAGUGCUCUGUGAGUCAGACAUUCCCACCUGCAGAGACGACCAGAUUCUGAUUGCAACCAGAGCUGAAGGCAGCUGCUGUCUCGCCCACAUCUGCAUGUGUGCUCCCUGUGUGGAGACGCCUCCCCUCUGCCAGGAUGGUGAGAUUCUGACUGUCGACAGCAACACCACAGAUCGCUGCUGCCCCACCUACCAGUGUGUGUGUGAACCCUACAGGUGUCCUCAGCUCACGUGUCCUGUUGGGAUGUCAGUGGUUUCUGUGUCCAAUCCUGGUCACUGCUGUCCCAACCAAACAUGCGAGUGUUCCUGUGAAAAGAUUGCCUCCCCAAAAUGUGGCCUGGGGGAGGCUGCCCAGCUGGACCGGGCCUUUCUAGCCGAUCCACAGAACCAGUGUGCCUGCAAAAGAUACAAGUGUGUGCGUGAGGCUGUGUGUGUGUUUGGAGAGCGAGGAGUGUUGAGGCCCGGUCAGACUCUGGUUGAGCGUGGAGACGACGGUUUGUGUUACAGCCGGCAGUGCAGCCGCAGCCUUGACCCAGCAAGCGGCUUCCAUGUGCUCCACACUUUCAGCGUCAACUGCUCUAACCAAUGCCAACCAAAUCAGAUCUACGUGCCUCCCAAAGACCAGUCGACGUGCUGCGGAAUCUGUAAGAAUAUUUCCUGCAUCUAUGAGCAUGAGAAUGGAACAACAGGUCUCUAUAAGCCGGGACGAUCCUGGGUAUCAAACUGCAUGAAGUUUGACUGCACAGACACUGUGGCUGGGCCCACACUCGUCUCCUACUCCUUCAGCUGCCCUCCCUUCAAUGAAACAGAGUGUGUAAAGAUCGGUGGAACUGUUGUAAGUUACAUGGAUGGAUGCUGCAAGACGUGCAAAGAAGACGGAAAGUCAUGUCAGAAGGUGACAGUGAGGAUGACCAUCAGGAAGAAUGACUGCCGCAGCAACAGACCGGUGAACAUCGUGUCGUGCGAUGGAAAGUGUCCUUCCGCCAGCAUCUACAACUAUAACAUCAAUACGUACGCUCGCUUCUGCAAGUGCUGCAGAGAGACUGGUCUGCAGCGGCGCUCUGUGCAGCUUUACUGCAGCAGCAACUCAACUUGGGUCAGCUACACUAUCCAGGAGCCCACUGACUGCUCAUGCCAGUGGUCCUAAACAUAGUGCAUCCCCACACUCACAUGCAAAUACAAACACACAUACACUGUGUGUUCAGAGCUACAUGAUUUAAACUCACAAGAUACAGAAGAAUAAAUGUCAGCUGUGUUAUUUUAGGAUGUUGGGCAAGAUGGAUACUGAGCUAUGAUUAGCAGGUUCAGCAUGAUUUAUGGAGAUUGUAUAAGUGGCUAUGUUGGUAAUAAAGGAUCACAGAAGUUGUUUUGCUGCCUCUGCUGGCAGGGAGGUGGUAACUGCAGGACAGACAAGCAGGUCUCCUUCCUUAGCCGGUAGCUGCAAAGCACACAAGCUGGAAGGAAGGAAGCACCUUCAAUCUCAAAACAUUUUUUUCUUUUUACUAUUCAUUAAAUUAUCAAGUUGAACUAAAAGAAAUGUUAUGAGCACUGGCUCAUAUUACUAUAAUCAUUCAUCUUGUUUAAACUGUCCGUUAAAAAUCCCUUUCUAAUCUGCUUUCAGUUUAAGUAAAGGAGGACAGCCUUUUGCUGAACAAAAAUAGGUUUGUUGCUGUGUUUAGUUGUGUUGUUUCCAUUGCAUGUGUUGUCAGACUGACAAAGAUGUUUUCUUGAUUUGCUUUUUUCUUUUGUUGCAGUGAAUUGAGCUCUGCUGGCCAAUAAAUACUCCCUAUUAAAAAGUCAAUCAAUGGCAGGUCUCUAAAAGCACUGAUUUUAACUUAUUGAAGUUUGUAAAGGAUAUAACCUUUUUCCUAGCCUGUGGUUGGUAGUAGCUUUAGUUAAAAUUAUGCUUUUUUGUGUAAUUUCAGACCAAGGCAUUUGUGGACCAAGGCAUUUAGAAAUUAAAAACCCAUUCCAUCGAUUCAUUAUCCAUUCACUUUCUGCUGUUUAUCAGUGCCCAAGUCAAGUAUUUCUAGGGCAAAAGUUUUAAAUGUGAGGAUUUCCAUCAUUAAUUAGAUACUCAGUCUAUGCAAUAUGAGAAUAUGAUAAAAACAAAACCCCGUCACGACCUUAGAGCUCAAGGUAUUUUCAUCACUUUUGUUUUGUCCAGCAAUUCAAAAACCUAACAAGAAAUCUAAGCAAAUGAUCCACUGAGAAAAUAAAAUGAGUAAAUAUUUGCCUUGUGACCCCUUUAAAUAAUGUUUCUCUCAUUUGCCAGAGGAUUUUUCCCUUACACUAUCGUGAUGAUUUCCUAAUUAUUUCUAGA